AUGGUGAAGACGUUCGUCUCUACCGAAGCAGAAGUCAACAUGGGGUCAGAAGAGGAAAUAGACUAUUUUGAUGAAGAUGACAAGGCCUUUGUAGUGUCUGACGAGGCUUGUGACAAUGAUCUCGAUCGGACUUCUGGCAAUCAUUGGGCAUCGGCAUCGUCGGACCCUCUGAAAGAUGUGGCAGCAUGGCGCAUCCUGAAGGAAUUCCUCGAUACUGAUAUGAGUUUUGGCGAAAUGCAGUUUAUUCGUGACGAGAUUGGCUCUUUCCAUGCAUAUGACCUUCUGGAGGUUGAAUUCUCAGAUGAUCCAACGUCAUCGGCUCACUGGGAAUCUGUUUUGGACGCCAUCGUGGAGGCUGAGACUCCUGAGGAAAAACAACAGGUCUUUACCAAGCUAACAUCGACACCAUCAGCAGCCUCAGAUCUGCCUCCUCAAAGAGUUGGAGCCGUUGAAGAGCUGACAUCAAUUAAGCAAGAUGUCGUAACGUCAACGCCUGACCUCCCCACAUGGGUUGUAAUGGUACCCCCCAUGGAAGAUUUCAAGGUCUACACACAUUCUACCCUUCCAGGCCGUCUGUGUGUCAAGGUGGAGAACACCUAUGUUAUCAGGAACGCUUGGCCUUCCUCCCAUGUCAACUGCUUUUUCGACAUUGUCUUUCUCCCUCUGGAAGAUCAGUCCUCCGUCAAACAUAGCAUGUCAAUCCCUGGCUGGUAUCACCCCAUACGUGGGCCGUAUAGAUUUGACGUGGGCCUCGCACACUCUUAUAGCAAGCAAGCUGAUGCUCUCAGAGUGUUAUUUCCGUUUAGAGCCCACGCAGAACGAGGUAUUGGGAAGGACCCCCACGUGCCAUGCCUUCACAAUUCUCCCAAUAGUGUUUUAACCUCUGCGGGUCGAGGGAAGACCUACAUGCAUGGCCUUCUGGCGCUUGACCUGCGCAGAACCGCAGUUGUGGAGAUCCCACUUCCCAUCCCAGAGAGCAUUAGACUCCAUAAGGAGUCAGGAUGCAACCCCGCAUUUGUGCAAUUAUCAGUGCACAUGCAGGAAUCAGUGCAUGUGGAGAAUCUUCCUCUUCAACCUCUAAUAGGAAAUUCCGCGUGGGGGAUAACUAUAGUAGCACCACAACUCAAGGGGAAAACGGGAAUGGUUGUCCAAGUUGACGACAACACUGUUGUUGUACUUGACCAGUCUUCUGAAUCAGAAGUUGUUGUAACUGAGGGCAUUUAUGCCUGUGAAUUCGGAGAAAUCAAUGAGGUUGAUCCCAUGAUGCAGACAGUUGCAUUCUUCUCGUUUUCACAACAGAAGACCAUAACGCCAGUGAUGUUGUUCAAGUGGUCAGAGGUGCUCUCUGCAUCGGGCACGGUACUGCAGGUUGAUUUGGGUGAGAAAACAUUGACAUUCAAAGACACGCUCCACACCGAGUUCAAUGUUAUGAUUAUAGUUCUGCCUAUAUUGCUUAUGUUGCGAGAAUCGGCGGGUGCGGGGAUCAUGAGCUGA